ACUACAUUAAAUUCUCGAGCGUUUCUGUUUAAGUUCUCAAACCGUGAAGUGUAUCUGUCAAACACGAGUUGCAGUAAAAAGAUUGAAUAUAAUAAAAUACUUUAUAUAAUAUUUUGUGAACGAGGUGUCAGCUUAAAAAUGGCAAUAGCUGAAAUUAUGUAAUGAAUAUUUUAUUAAAUGUGAAAGUAUAUAAGGAACUUGAAUUUGGAAACAUGGAGAAGAGGAGUAGUGCAGAACUUUUAAAUAUCGAGCAAAACAAUUCCAAAAAUGCCAGCUCUGAUUCUCUCAAUUCAGAUAGCAAGAGUAGCUCUCUUAAUUCCAAAAUGGGGCAAGAAUCGGAAAGCUGGGAUAAAGCGUCACAUUCCAAAAGUUUUUCUUCAAGUUCUACUUCGACAGAUAAUAAUAUUGUCUCUGCUUUAGAAGCUAGAAAAGACAAUCAAGUAAAAAAUCUAUCUGUUGGAGAAACGGGUCCACCGCUUUUAAAUGGGGAACGUGUACAAGGCAUUGCUCACGAAGUAACUUAUGUGUGUCCUUAUUCAGGACCGGUUAGAGGAAUUCUUAGUAUUACAAAUUACAAGCUCCAUUUUCGGAGUGUAGACCGCGAAACACCCUAUGUUGUCGAAGUACCAUUAGGUGUUGUUAGCAGAAUCGAGAAAGUCGGUGGUGCGUCUAGCAAAGGCGAAAAUUCAUACGGUAUCGAAGUGUUUUGUAAAGACAUGCGAAAUCUCAGAUUCGCGCAUAAACAGGAAAAUCAUUCCAGAAGAGAUGUUUUUGAGAAACUUCAACAGUAUUCGUUUCCCCUGUCUCAUAAAUUACCCCUUUUCGCGUUCGAAUAUUCCGAAACGUUCGCUGAAAAUGGUUGGAAUGUUUACGAGCCCAUUGCCGAAUUAAAACGAAUGGGAGUAAACAAUGACAUGUGGAAGAUAUCGAAGAUCAACGACACAUAUUCGAUAUGUGAUAGUUAUCCAGCCGUAUGGGCAGUGCCUGCGGCGGCAACCGACGAGGAUCUACAAGCGUCGGCAGCCUUUCGAAGUAGAGGAAGGCUUCCCGUACUGUCGUGGAUCCAUCCAGAAAGUCAAGCAACCAUAACUCGUUGCGCUCAGCCGUUAGUAGGUGUUGGUGGCAAACGUAGCCGCGAGGACGAACGAUACGUUCAAUUGAUAAUGGACGCCAAUGCACAAAGUCAUAAACUUUUUAUUAUGGACGCUAGACCAAUGCCUAACGCAGUGGCGAACAAAGCCAAAGGUGGUGGUUACGAGAGCGAGGACGCAUAUCAAAAUGCCGAGCUCGUGUUUCUUGAUAUCCAUAAUAUACACGUAAUGAGAGAAAGUCUUAGAAAAUUAAAAGAGUUAUGUUUUCCAACAAUUGACGAGGCCAGAUGGUUAUCGGGAAUAGAAUCUACCGUUUGGUUGAAGCACAUAAAGUACGUACUUGCGGGAGCGUUACGAAUUGUAGAUAAAGUUGAAAACCAUAAAACUUCGGUGUUAGUGCAUUGUUCUGAUGGUUGGGAUAGAACAGCGCAGCUCACAGCUCUUGCCAUGUUAAUGUUAGAUCCGUAUUACAGAACCAUCAAAGGUUUUGAAGUGCUUAUAGAAAAAGAAUGGCUUAGUUUUGGUCAUAAGUUUCAGCAGAGAAUCGGUCAUGGAGAUGAGCAUCACAGCGAUGCGGAUAGAUCUCCAGUAUUUUUGCAGUUCAUGGAUUGUGUGUGGCAAAUAAGUCGUCAGUUUCCCAAUGCAUUCGAGUUUAACGAACACUUUCUAAUCACUAUACUUGAUCAUUUAUACUCUUGUAGAUUUGGCACAUUUCUAUUCAGCAGCGAACGCGAAAGAGUCCAAGAACAAGUGAAACACAAAACUGUUUCGUUAUGGUCGUACACGAAUAGCCAGUUAUCGUUGUAUCAAAAUCCUUUGUACUGGGCUGCUCCCAAUUAUCAGCUUGUUCUAAUGCCAAUCGCUAGCAUGAGAUACAUUAAACCGUGGAAAAGUUUGUAUUGUAGAUGGAAUCCCAGUAUGCGACAGCAGGAUCCUGUUUAUCAACGAACAAGAGAAUUGCUAGUCUUGAAGGAGCAACUCGAGAAACAACUGGAGGAAGGUCGCCGUGAACAGGCCAGUCGCGCAAGUCGAUCCAUGACAUCGCCGGCACCUCCUAGGCUACAUUCCCCAGUUCACUCAUAGCACGGCAAAGAUUUGUUAUCAUCUUUUAGUGAUUUGUAGUUAUUUGUAUAUAAGCUUCUUCUUUCGUCGUGCGAACCAUUUCG